CUCUCUCUCUCUCUCACGAGCCGAGCGCGCAACGAGACUGCGCCCAUCACAGCGCGGAACAAUGGCAGCAUCCAGCUCCUGACUCACAGAUGGAGACGUGCUGGAGCUGAGGAGAGCGCUUCAGCGGAGAUUUUACCACACGCUCGCGCUGUCAUCAGGGAUGGAGCGAUAGAGGAGCGCGGUUCUCCAUCACUGACGGGAGGCGCGUCCACCUGCUCUCUGACGGAGGCCCGGGAUGCGCGAGAAAACAUGCACAAGUGCCACUGACCGCGGAAAUUAUUUUCACGUACGAGCUCUUUUGUGGCGUUAAAAGCUCUCGGCGGUUAGAAAUAGGCAGCGUGAGGAACGGGCAGAAGUGAUAUAAUGAAGCACCACUUGAGCAGGACACACUCCCAUUGAUGGACAGCAAACAGGCCCGGAUCAUCUCGCAGGCUUUGGGCUCAACACAAACCGAUGAACUGGACCAGACGGGUUCACAGAAUCUGAAGAGUAAUCUAAAGCUGUAUGUGGCCACAAAGCUGAAUGGUGUCGCAGACGCUGCCUUACACACAUCCUCCAGAGCUGCUGCAGUGAGCACAAAGAGAGACGGCUCGUUCUGCCUCAGUGCUAAAUUGGCCUUAAAGGAGCACCACUUACCACAGCCACUGUCAACACAAACUCCUUUAGAGGACCAGCCGACUGAUGAGUCCUCAAACUACACAAUAUCCCUCAUACCCUGUUCUGCCAAGGGCUUGAGUCCCCUGGGCCUUACCGAAGAACGCAACCAGUGCCAUUUGACCAUGAUCGAACCCGCCAGCAUUCCUGGGCUCACACAGGACUGUUUGAUUCAGCAGAGUCGCACUUGUCCCAGCUGCUUCAUUGAGACUAAGGAUAUGUCAAAUGUAGAGGCCAGCAUCAACCUCAAAAUGGCUGACAUGAGCCGAGACUACAGCACCUGCCCUAUCUCUGAUAUUAACAUGCAAUGCAUGAGCACAAGUGAGACAGGGAAUUACGGAGACCAGCUCCUCUCAGAUCAGCUUUUGAGCUUUCCUGUCUCCAAAACUCAGCUGGUUGAGAAGAAGGACACAGAGAAAACUGACUUAGAUGAUUCAGCUUCCAAAAACCUGUAUGAGGGCCUGCUUUUAGACAAGUGCAAUGGAGAGGAUGGCUUGCUCACUAAUUCAAAUCAGGACUGGGGCUACUUUGAGUCCUUUAUUAGUGAGAGCAAGAUGGAAUUGCUGGAUCUGUGCUCCAAGAACGAGCUCUCUGUAAAUCUUUUCUCUGAGGAGGACGUGGACAAUUACAUGUUUGAUGACGAUGACGACUCCACUCUGAGCAGCGACGUGUGCUCACUAAAGAUCCGCUACGAGUCCUUUCAGGACAACAUGAGGGAGAAAACUAAUGUUCUGCAAGAAGAAACCCAGUUCAACUUUUUCCCAAGCGUCUUGGUGAACUGCACCAAGAAAGAAACUGGUGUGGUAAAACGAGUCGUAGAUGAUCUACCACCUAAAUCAGAGGAGCUCGGAUUUCAAAGUGACAGCAAAGGGGAUGGAAAUGACUGCUCUGUAGAGCAGACACCUGAUUACAGCCCCAAAAUGAACUACUUCAUUGAUUCAUGCAACUCUGCUGAUGACUCGGGGGAGUACAGUGAUGACAGCUCCUCCACCGUUUCCUCUUUUGACACCUUCCAAGACAACAGGCCCAAAAACUUGUUCUCACGUAAGAACGCAAGCUGCUCCAACCAUCUGAACUAUGGAUUGCGAGCCAAGAGAAAAGUUAGGUAUAGCGAUGACUACUUGUAUUAUGUAGAGUCCACUGAAGGAGAAAGAAACAUUGAAAAGCGAGAGAAACCACCGAUUGGUCCAAAGCAAGAAGAGGAUCUAGACUGGUGCCCUAAAAAGAGACGAAAAUACUCUCGCAAGGAUCCACCUGUAAUAAUCAAAUACAUUAUCGUCAACAGGUUCAAAGGAGAGAAAUGCAUGGCUGUGAAACUGGGCAGAAUCGAUUCAGACGACACGACUGUAAGCUUAAAUGAGGAUACAAUCAACAAAUAUGAGAAGCUUGCACCUCUGAAAGAUUUCUGGCAGGAGAAACAGAGAGAAAGAGAGGAACAGCUUAAGCUGGCAGCAGGAGAUAAACACAAUUCUCACCACCAUGCCUUUAGUUCCAGUCCCCCCAAAAGGAAACACAAGCUAGCACACAGGCUCAGAAUUCAGAGAAUUCAAACUGUGGAGCAAUCACCCAACACGCAGGGCCUCUUUGCCUCUGAUCCCAGGCAGGAGGUUGCUUCUACAGAUGAAACUGCCUCCAUGGGAAUGCCAUUAACAAUAGCCACCAGCUGUGCAAGCACAUUAGACCCAAAUGACAUCAUACACACUGCAGCCCGGAAGAGCAGAUCACAAGAGAGGGAGGAAAGGAGAAUAGGAAAUAAAAUAUUCAGAAUACAGAAAUUCAGAAGUGAAGCCAGACUUAGGAGCAAGAAAAUGAGAGACCUUGUGGAGAACAGCGCGAGCGUGACAGACCUGACAGAAGUUUGCUCGCUGCAGAAAAAUAUGGACGCAGUAGGAGGUGCUGAAGAUGAAAACGUCAGCCCAGCUGCACACAGUCCCCAUUUGUGUGAGAGUCAAACAGCUAAUGCCACUGAAAAAUUUGUUUUUGUGUCUAACACCUGCUCCCCCAACAAAGAGGCAUCGUCUGAGAAUGUGGCCCCAAGUGUUUCCGUUAUUCCGGGUGGCUACCUGCAAACAUUGUUAGAUGCCUCUGAUUCUUCAGGUAGCACUGGUAUACCGUUUUUCUCCCAGCAGACCCAACACUCACUGGACCUCUCUUUGGAAAAGCAGCAAUCCACAUCAAUUCAGCUAGCGCAAAGCUGUGUCCUUUCUCCCCCAUCAGAAUCAGAGCUCCAGCAGUCCCCCCAAAAUUGUCCGACUCUCACCCAGAUGUGGCACCCCCAGCUUGGUCCCAACCCACAGUUCGCCUCUGCAGAUAUUGCUGAAUCUGCGAUCCAGCCCAGCAACUUUGCUGCAGAGAUGGCUAUGCCGCUGUCUGAGAGUCUGACUGUGUCAGGCUACAGCCAGCUGAGUCUGGAGAGCAACAGAAUGCUUUAUGAAAAGAAUUACAUGCCUGAGCAGCCAUUGCCUCCUGACGCUGAGUUUCAGGCAUGUCAGGGGCAGCCACAGUUUCAAAGAGCCACACUGCACACCGACAACGGCCGGCUCAUCAGUUUCGACUCAGUUGGCUCGCUGUCAGCUACUUCUAGCAAUUACAGCUCUCUGAGUCUUAAGUCCUGUGAGAAAGAUGGCGAGGAUGAUGUGAAUGAGAACUUUCUGGCCCACUGCAGUCCCAAACUGGUGAUUCAGCAGAGUAUCGAUGCAAUCACACCCCUGAGGGAGUCUACAGACUUGCUGGAUAUCUCCAACUUCACUCCGGAUAAAUUCAGACACACAUCAUUGUCAGAGCUCUCUCCCCCAGAGACUCCUAAUUUAUCCCCCCAAGUUAUGGGCCGUGAGAUGAAGAUAGCUGGGAAGGCUGCUGACCUCCAGGAUGGGGCUAAGAUGCCAUGCACCAAAGACGUGGACUGGAACUGCAAAAUGAUCGAGCAGCAAGAUAUGACUAGAUAUUCGGUAGAUGGGCACGAUUUUCAAUUGCACAUUUUCAAUGGUGAAGACAACUUGAGCCUGGGGACAAAAGAGGAGAAUCUAGCUGACUUUGAUGGUGAUAUGAUGAGUGCAAUUAAGGGGACUAAGGCAAAGAGGAAAAAUAGCAACAAACAAACUGCAGGGCAGGGUACCAAAAAAAGCAAAGCACCAAGAGCUCCUAAAACAGAGAAGGGCAAAAUCCCACGUCAGACCUCACGAGCGUCUAAAAAGUUAAAGGCCUUGCUGGAUGAGAAGGGUGGUAAAGGUCAGACUGAGAGUGUCGCUCAUUUACUGAAGGACAGCGGCACUGAGGAAUGGACAGGAAUAGGUAGCUCAGAGAGCAAAAGUCAAGUCCAUGAUGACCAGAGAGAGUUUGAAGAGCCAUCCAACAUCUUGUCAAAUAUUGUCUCAGGGAUGGCUGAAGUACAGAGAUUCAUGAUGGCCUCUGUUGAGCCAAUAUGGGGCCCUACAGCAAAUAUCUGCCUGCCCUCAGAGGCUAACAGCCUUAAGUUAAAGACUCUGAAAAUCCUAGCAGGAACUUCAUCCGACCCCAAGAAGAAAGGAAAUUUAGCUACUGGGGGCACUAAGGGCAGAAAAGGUCAGACAAAAGGUGGUAAAAACCAGGCAAAGUUCAAUGCCUCCUUGCCUUUUUUCCCUCAGUUAUCUUUGGGCUGCAACAUGUUCGACAAGCCUAACCUUGGCGUUCCUGGUAUAAAUGGGCCAGCACACAAAAAGAUGUACCGCCACAAAACAAGUGCAAAAUUCCCCCGGAUUGAAAAUCUAAAGGGCACACGACCUGAACGAGAGCCAAAUAAGGACAUAUCGUUAAUGGCAUCCUUUGAGAAACUGAGGUAAUAUUUUAUAUCUAGCUGCUGAUGCACGUUCCUCACUUUCCCACUUCCUACUCAUUUCUUGACAUACCUACACUGACUCAAGACCAGAGAUGCAUGGAAUUACGUUAUCCUUUACUACCCCCCUCCUUGUUUUUGCCCCCCAAGAGGAUAUUGAUAUCUUGCAUGAGAAACUUCUUGUACUCACAAACUACCUAUUGACUGAUUGUGCAAGGCUUGAUUGAGAUUUUAAAUGACCAUGGCUGCAUUUUUCUUCUGCAUUCUUGUUUUUGCUAUUUUUUUCCUCGCAGUUGCUGAUUAGUUCUGUCUGAAGAAAAGAAAAAAAAAACUUUGUUAAGUGCGAAUUCUGUUUUUGGACCUUUUUUUGUUCAUUUCUUAGUGAAUCUUGCUGCCCUUAUGUAAUUAUAUUUCUCUCUUCAAACAUGUAGCUAUUAUAAAAUGUCUUUGUGUGAAACAAGAUCCCCAUUUGAUUACGUAUGCUGAAACAGAUGCCCUCCUCUCUUUUUCCCCUUUUUACUGCUUGACUUUUUUAAGUGUGAAAUACUCAGCCCCAUGUCUAGGAUAACAACAUCCUUGGUAGAUCCCAAAACAUUAACAGCGCACAAUGGGACCAUUUUGUAUGGAAGACAUAUCAGAUUAAUGUUGUUCUAAUUUCUUACUGUUGGAAUGUACUUAUGAUUUUCUCUUAUCUACUAUGCUUUUUACAGGAGUUGUACUGGAAAUUGUCUUAGAGGGACAUUUCUUUGCCAUGGAAAUCCCAAAAUGCUUCAUUUUUGCUUUCUUUUUAUACUUUCAUUUAAAUAAUAAUAAUAAUAAUAAUGGCAUCGAAGGGUAAUGUAAUAUAUUACUACUAACAGAUUAUUAUUAUUAUUAUUGUUUAGAAUCACUGUACAGAAAAGCGCUGUUUGAAGCAAAACAUGAAAUCUUUCCGUGUGCCAAAUGUAAACUUUCUGUACACAUUUAUAAUCUUUAUGAAUACUGGUUGUUUCAUUUACUAUCCUGAUGAAUGCUGGCUGUUCUCCUUCAAGAUUUAGCGAGAUCUGACGUUCGUUUUUGGUUAGUAGUUUUGUUUUAUUUGGGGACCCUAUCGUUUGAAGAGCACCUGCAGCUGACAGUGGUACAACCACUCAACCAAAACAACUCAACUCUGAACUUUUUUUUACCCGUCACCUUAAUUAACAAAUUAAGUGUACCUCAGCACUAUGUCCACUUAGAAUCAAAAAGAGAAGCAAACACGGACUAUUCUAAACACCGAAGGAGGAAAAAUCAGAAAGGUGGACACGGAUUAUCUUAAUUGAGAAUGGUAUCUGUCUGGUAUCAGUGGACAAGAAGUUAUUUCACAAUCUACUGUAACAGGAACUGUGAAAAUAAUGUUUCAUUUAUUGUGUAUUUGUUGAAUGGAGUAGAUUUGAUGGAACGAAUGUCUUAUGCUUUAGCCCACUUUUACACAUCCUUGACAUAAAUAGACAAGUAUUAUCAUUUGAGAACAAUUACUUCUGACAACAUCAGUUUUUUUCAUUAUAUUUGAAGUUUUCGGCGAACUCUGUUUUGGUGAACAUGCUGUGUUUUAUUUCAUUCGUUUUAUUCAACCCACGCUCAUUGGAAAUACGUGCUUGUGGUGAUGUUUCUGCAGUGGCGAUAUUACGUAAGUUUUUGCGGCAGUUUGAAAGUGAAAUGUCCCGUGAGUGACACUAUAGUGCUUGCUCAACAUGUGACCGUGUUUUUAUUGCACCAGUACAUGCAAAUAUUACGUAAAAGUUUAUUUCGUUGCUUCAGGUACGUAUCGCGGCAGGCACAUCACUAAAAGCUAAAUGCUCUAUCGUGUUCCCAAACCGAGCCAAACCUACCAGAUAGUGUUGUUAACGAAAAACAUAAAUUGUGUAAAACCUUAUUAGUUGAUGUAUUUCUGUGUGGGUUCUGUGUAAGUUCAUAGGAUACACCAAACGAGUGUAAUGCUGCAUCGGGUGAGCUACCGAGCAAACUUACUUCCGUGAAGCUGUACAUCUGGUUUCUAAUGUUCAAAAGUAUCAUUUUUCUAAUCUCGCCGCAUGUUCUAAUUAUUUUGAGGUCACACCAAUAAACUGUGCAAAGAUUUACGGCCUCUGGUGUUUAGCGAUUCGUACACAUAGUUUUCUGAGUUUGCAGAAACGUAGGCAGAGGCAUGUAUUUCCAAUGGGUAGGUUUCAUUAGUGGCACGUCAGUGCCCCCUAGGUUUUGUCACAGAUUUCAUCUCAAUUCAUCGUAGCCGGAAGACUUUUGAAACCAAAUUGGUCCUUUGAAAAGCACUGAAUCCAUUGGCACGAAUAAACGACACCUUUGAUUUAAAAGGAGGAUAUCUCAGGUAAAGUAAUGCCUUACCUAUAGCUUUUACCUUAGAAAGAUUCGACUCCGUCCCCUUCUGCCUCCAGCCGGCCAUGUUUAGCAGCAGGAUGAUGCUGAUGAGGAAACCGCACAUGGGCCGCUCGCCCGUCUAGCCUGCCUUCUCUCAUUUCUGCCUGUUGUCGACUGAAUGUACUUCAAGUUUUUUACAGCGUGCCACUGUUAAGCUGCCUCCUCCUACUGGUGCUAAGAGGGUAACUGUAUUCACCCAGAAAUGAUGACAAGGAUUAUAAGAAUCAAAACCCUACUCCUCUCUUUAUGAAUGUACAAUAUAUGGUUCUGUUCGAUGUUUUCACGACACAAUUCUUCGUCAUUAAUUGGAAUCGCUUUUGCCUUUUUGUUGGAGAAAUUAUUGAGCUUUAUAAAUAUUGUCUAGAGUUGAUACCAGAGGGAUUCUUAAUUAACUCUCGACAUCACAAAAAUAUUGUAUAUUUUUCUCUGUGCCAAUUUGUAAGAUAUUUUGUAAGUGUAUAUUUUUCUUAGAAAGUGCUGUGAAGUAUUAGUAUGUGUGUGUGUGUGUGAGUAACCUUUUUUGUGCCUCUGUAGGCAGUGAAAAGGAUGUAUAAUGACGAGCUUUUGGUUUUAAAAACCAAAAUAUUAAGAAACAAAAAAUGAAAAGAACUAAAAAAAAGACUUCAUUUUGUUGCAAGUUUUGUAAGAGGAACCUUAUCUUGUUGUGAGAGUGUUGUGUCAUCGUGGAAAACACUUAUAGGCAAAAAAGUACAGACAAAAAUUGUGAACUAUUCGCUGUUUUAUAGAUUUUCAUGUAAAUUAUUCUUGUAUUAUUUUAUGUUGUAUCUGUUGCAAAGGUUUUAAAUAUUUGUGAACAAGCCUGUAUGGUGAAAUGUAAUAUUGGUAACUUGCUGAGUUUUGUAAUAAUGUUUAUGGAGUACAUAUACAAAUUAAAAGGAGAUUUUGAAUGCA